AUGCCCAAACACAAUCGCAGCGCGAGCGGGCAUCCCUCUCACUACGCUCAGAUGGCUUCUGGCCUCCCCUCGCCUCUCUACAGCCAGCAGCGUGUCGCCAUCCCGGCGAGUUACUACACCAUCCCGGGGGCACCCUCCUCGUCCAUGUCGCAACAGCUCGCCUCCCAGCAGCAGUCGCAAGCGCAAGCCUCCUUCGACCCAGCUGCCGUCGCCGCGGCAUCCUCCUACACCACCACGACCGAUCCCUCCGCCGCCGCGGCCGCCACCAUCACGGCCAUCCCGCCGGGCCAGCACCGCCCCAGCUCCGGCGCCUGGUCCCCGCAAGACGACCACCAGCUCGUGAACGCGCGCAUGCAGGGCCUCAACUGGGGCCAGAUCAAGGACACGUACUUUCCGGCCAAGACGGCCAACGCGUGCCGCAAGCGCCACGAGCGCCUCAUGGAGCGCAAGGGCUCCGACGACUGGGACGGCCGCAAGCUGCAGCGCCUGGCCAAGGAGUACAUGGGCAUGCGCCGCGAGAUCUGGAGCGGGCUGGCGGCGCGCACCGGCGAGAAGUGGAGCGUCGUUGAGCAAAAGUGCAUGUCCAACGGCCUCAAGAACCUCCAGAGCGCCGCCCGCGCCGCCUCGCGCCGCGACCGCCUCGAGACGAGCGGCUCCGCGCACUCAGUCACAGGGUAUGACGACGACAGCGGCAUUUCCGGCAUCGGCCUGACCCCUGUUGAUGAACUAGACGCCCCCUACGGCAGCCCUGACGCGACGACGGGCAGCUCCUCGGCCUCGUCGUACGGCGGCCUGACCCCUUCGCACUACCUCCACCACCACGCCCAGCAGCAGCAGCAGCAGCAGCAGCAACACCAUCAGCAACAUCACCACAGUCAACACCCGAGCCAGCACCAUAGACAGGCGCAGCACGCGCACCAGCAGUACCAGCAACAUCUUCAACCGCACGGCGUGGCCGCUGCGUCGUACGCCAACGUGGCGGUCUCGACGUACGGUCCUGCGGCGGUCAGCUACGGGCAUGGGUACUCCUCGAGCGUGUCCUCGACAGCGAGUCGCACGCGGUACGGCACCAGCGAGGGCAGCAGCCCGUACAUGGACGCGGAGCGGCUCUCCGGCGCGGCCGACAUGGGAAUCGGGGCGGUCAUGAACCGGUCUGCCGGCCGGGGGUAG